AUGCUGCUUCCUGCUCUCCGAGCCCGGGCAGCUCACUCACAUAUAAUCCUGCCAAGAUGUUUAGAACGACAAUUACAAAGUUUUACUACCACCGCCAAGCGAAAAGCAGACUCUUCUGCGCCCCAGCUCAAUAAAGUCAGCCAGCAUGUUACACAGCCAAAGUCGCAAGGCGCCUCACAGGCAAUGCUGUACGCUACAGGCCUCGAGCCUUCAGACAUGUCAAAAGCGCAGGUUGGGAUAUCAUCAGUCUGGUACUCUGGCAACCCUUGCAACAUGCAUCUCUUGGACCUCAACAACAGGGUGAAGGAGGGAGUCGAGCGAACCGGGCUCAUAGGAUACCAAUUCAAUACCAUAGGAGUUAGCGAUGCUAUCUCGAUGGGUACGAAGGGAAUGCGGUACUCUCUACAGUCGAGGGACUUGAUCGCUGACUCGAUUGAGACCGUCAUGAAUGGCCAAUGGUACGACGCAAACAUAUCAAUACCGGGCUGCGACAAGAACAUGCCAGGCGUUAUCAUGGCCAUGGGACGUGUCAAUCGACCUUCGUUGAUGGUCUACGGUGGUACAAUCAAGCCCGGGUGUGCUGCUACACAAGACAACGCCGACAUUGAUAUUGUCUCUGCUUUCCAAGCUUACGGACAGUUCAUCACUGGCGAGAUCAACGAGGAACAGCGCUUCGACAUCAUAAGACAUGCUUGCCCUGGUGGAGGAGCCUGCGGAGGGAUGUACACGGCCAAUACGAUGGCUACGGCUAUCGAAGUCAUGGGCAUGACUCUCCCCGGUUCCUCAUCCAAUCCUGCGGAAUCUAGAGCCAAACAGCUCGAAUGUCUCGCAGCUGGUGGCGCCAUUAAGAAGCUGUUGACCGAAGACAUACGACCAUCCGAUAUUCUUACCCGAGAAGCCUUCGAGAAUGCCAUGAUAAUCGUCAACAUCACCGGUGGCUCUACCAACGCCGUUCUUCAUCUGAUAGCGAUCGCUCACUCCGUCGGUAUCAACCUUACCAUUGACGACUUCCAAAGCGUUAGUGAUUGCACUCCGUUUCUCGCAGAUCUCAAACCCUCAGGCAAAUAUGUAAUGGCUGAUCUUCACACCAUUGGUGGCACACCGGCCCUUCUCAAGUUCCUACUGAAAGAGGGCGUCAUCACGGGUAAAGGCAUGACAGUGACAGGUCAGACACUGGCCGAGAACCUCAAAACCGCUCCCGACUUUCCCUCGGAUCAGACCAUCAUCCGUCCCUUCAGUAAUCCCAUCAAGGAAACCGGCCAUAUCCAGAUCUUGCGCGGUAGCCUCGCGCCCGGUGGUUGCGUUGGCAAAAUAACAGGCAAAGAAGGUAUGCGUUUUGUCGGCAGGGCCAAGGUAUUCGACUCAGAGGACGACAUGGUACUUGCUCUCGAAAAAGGUGCAAUCAGGAAGGGUGAGAAGACUGUAGUUGUGAUUCGCUAUGAAGGACCUAAGGGUGGCCCAGGUAUGCCUGAGAUGUUGAAGCCGAGCUCCGCAAUUAUGGGCGCAGGGCUAGGCAAGGAUGUGGCUUUGAUCACAGACGGUAGGUUCAGCGGUGGCAGUCAUGGCUUCCUGAUUGGGCACAUAGUGCCAGAAGCGCAGGAAGGAGGGCCGAUCGCGCUGAUAAGAGAUGGUGAUGAGGUGGUCAUUGAUGCUGAGACGAGGAAGCUCGAUUUACUUGUGGAUGAGAACGAGGUGGAGAGGAGAAGAGGAGAGUGGAUUCAGCCAGGACCGAAGUACCAGAAGGGAACGCUGAAGAAGUAUGCUAGCAUUGUCACGGACGCAAGCCAUGGAUGCAUAACGGACGCUUAG